CAACCUGAGGAAAUUGAGGAAGAGGUCACAAGCUUCUACAAAGAAUUGCUUGGAAAUGUUGUUGAUCAAUUGCAUGUCAUUGAUCCUACCGUCAUGAGAAGAGGUAAUUGCCUAAAUAGAAGGCAACAACUAAGGUUGAUAGAUCCAAUUACUAAGGAAGAAGUUUACCGAGCACUGAUGAGCAUUGAUGAUCAGAGAGCACCGGGCUGUGAUGGUUUUAAUGCUCUUUUCUUCAAAAGAGCAUGGCCCAUAAUAAGGAAAAAUGUGACAAAUGCAGUACUUCAGUUCUUCGAAGAUGGUGAAUUAUAUAAGGCGAUAAAUUGCACCACAAUCACACUCAUUCCUAAGGUACUGAACCCAUCCAAAAUUUCAGAAUUCAGGCCAGUAUCUUGUUGUACCAUGUUAUACAAACUCAUAUCCAAAGUCCUGACUAGAAGAAUAUAAGGUGUGAUGGAUAGUUUAGUGGAUCAAAACUAAUCUGCCUUUAUUCCUGGAAGGUUGAUUACUAACAAUAUCACACUAAACCAUGAGCUUGUGAAGGGAUAUGUGAGGAAAGGAAUUACACCUAGAUGUAUGUUGAAGAUUGACAUGAGGAAAGCUUACGACUCUGUUGAGUGGCAAUAUAUAGAACAAAUUCUUAACUAUUUACAAUUCCCAACACGCUUUGUCAAAUGGAUCAUGAGAUGUGUGCAGACUGUCUCCUACUCUAUCAUUCUCAAUGGUAAUCCGUGACACCUUUUCAAGCAAAGAAAGGACUACGACAAGGUGACCCCUUAUCCCCUUUUCUAUUUGUUCUUGUCAUGGAAUACCUUAAUCAAUCCCUAAAAAGACUUAAUGCAGUGCCUAGUUUUAAGUUUCAUUCAGGGUGCAGGAAAUUGCAGAUCAUUCAACUUGGGUUUGCUGAUGAUUUGCUCCUAUUUUGUAAAUAAAGUGCAACUGCUCUUCUAGUGUUUUCAACACUUCUCACAAGUGUAUGGGUUGAUGGCAAAUGUGGACAAGAGCUCAGUAUAUUUUGGGGAUAUCAAACCUGAGAUUCAACAAGAUAUCCCGCAAACACUGGAAUUUACAAAGGGUGAAAUGCCUUUUAGAUACCUGGGAAUCCCACUCAGCAUUAAAAGACUAUCUACUAUCCAGUGUAUUUGUGCUACCAAAGAAGGUGAUCCAACUGGUGGAGACUACUUGCAAAACUUUUUUGUGGACUGGAGGGAGUGAUACUUCAAAGAAAGCACUUAUAGCAUGGGAAAGACUAUGUCAACCAAGAGUUGCUGGGGGCCUUAAUAUACUGGAUGUCUACUCCUGGAAUCAUGUUGCUAUUGGCAAAUUACUAUGGAAUGUGUGUAGGAAAAAAGAUAACUUGUGGGUUAAAUGGAUCCAUACCUACUAUACAAAGGGAGGUGCAAUAUGGGACAUCAAACCAGCACAGGCCUCUUGGAUGGUGCAAAAAAUCUUUAAAGCAAAGCUGAUGUUUGAGCUAGCAGGCAUAACAGAAGAUACAGUUGCUACGAUGAGCAUUUAUUCAAUCAAAAAGAUCUAUGGGCUUAUUAGAGGUGAUUAUCCAAAAAUGCCAUGGAGAAGAAUACUAUGCAACAAUGCUGAAAUGUCAAAGUGGUUGUUCAUACUCUUUCUGGCACUACAUAGACGACUUCAAACGAAGGAUAGGAUUGCAUGUUGGGAAAAUUUAGAGGAUAUGAUAUGCCCUUUAUGUUUGAGAGAAAAUGAGGACAUUGAUCACAUGUUGUUUCAAUGCGAUUAUGCGAAGGAAGUCUGGAAUAAAUUGCUGCAAUGGUAAGACAUAAGAAGGGGUGCAAGAGCCUGGCAAAUAGAGGUGCUAUGGGCAAUCAUAUAUGCUACUGGAAAGAAGGCACAUCAAGAAGUAUACAAAAUGGUGAUGGGUGAUGGAGUUUACCAUAUUUGGCAGGAAAGGAACGCGAGGAUAUUCAAGACGCAAAGAAGGGAAGGCUUAGCAAAUAUAUGGAAAUGUUAAAUUUAUAUCCAUAGCUGUAUAUUUGCGAUGUAAAUAGAGGUUAUUUUGGGGGUGUAAGUUUAGGACCAAUGUCUAAACUGCACACCUUCAUUUUCUAGUUGACAAAGCUGUACAUAGUUCCAA